AAACAAUAUGAGAUGAAAUAUGAGACAAAAAUGGAUUCGCAUUUUGAUGUAAACAAAAUUUGAACCUUCCUCUGUAAAGCACAUUUUAACCAUCAAAUAAUGAUCCCAAUGUAACCGUCAACUUUAUUACAAACCUAAUUGUAUGUGUAGUUGGGACUGUAAAUCAAUGAUAAAAUUGAUGAAAAGUAAAUUGUAUUCCCAUAACAAUUAAACUCACAGCAAAUCAAGUGAAGGCGCCUUGUAAUUUCAAUGUGUGAGUCAAUAGCAAUUAACCAUCUACAUUGACAUCUCCACCAACAUCAUCAUCUUUCCCAGUCUUUCAGUGUUCAUCUCUCACUGGUAAUACAAGUCAGUCUCAUAAGUUGAUUCUGUGUUCCUCUUCAUCACUUCACUUGAAACUUCACCCUGUUCAUUUCCCAUCCUACUUUCAAUCUGAUUUCAUCAGCAAACCAUGUAAACAUUAAAUUAACCAGCAACUAAAAUCAACUCAAAAUUAAGUGUCAACAACAAAACAGUUAAUCUAUUUACUCUGUGAUAGACUCGAUUUUGAACAUUUUAUUUUACACCAACUUUUUACUCGCCAAACUCAAUACAAAUCAAUAAAUUGAAUUAAAUCUUGAAUGAAUCCAAACAAUUAAACCAAAUUAACCAACUUUCCCAUCAACUAAGUGACAAAUUGUUGAUCCAGUAAUGAUUGAAUACUCAAUAUUGACCUCAUGAUAUCGCUUGUUCAACAUUGACUCUAGUGUUAACAAAAGGAAAUGCAAUGCAAUUUAAAAUGAUUUAAUCAUUUACCAGUGAAUCAACAAUCAAAGUGUAUACAUAUUAAGUGUUAAGAUUCAUGGAUUAACAUUGUUCAUGGGUGAUCUAGGUUUAACUGGAGCAACUUUAGUUGCCUCUGUUGCUGGUUUAACCGGAGUAACACCAAACUCAACAUUAAUAUCGACCUCAUCACCUUUAUCGACUUCAUACCAUCACCACAUUGAACCCUAUUUAGCACCUCAAUAUAUAAUCGACAGUACAACUGGUAAUCCCAAUCAACUUCGGUUACCUCUUGGAUACACCAUUGUUGAGAUAGCGGUUGCAAUUGUUGCCUUCUUUGGUAAUUUGUUGGCCAUUGUUGUCUUCAUCAGAGAUCGUCGACUUCGUAAAGUUACUAACUUUUACAUUGUCAGCUUGUCUUUGGCUGACUUACUGGUCGGUCUAGUCGGUGUACCUUCAGCCAUCUCAACACGAAUUGGUUUACCUCGCAAUGCUUUCACUGGUUGUCUCACAAUGUUAUCCUUACUUGUUGUCCUUUGCACCAUUUCAAUACUCAACCUUGUUGCUGUUUCACUCGAUCGUCUCUGGGCUAUUCUUUAUCCUCUCAACUAUCACAGUCGAAUGUCAAGUUCAGCAGCCCGAUUCAUAAUAAUAGCUUGUUGGAUAAUUGGAGCUUUAGUUGGCUUUCUUCCUCUUUUUGGCUGGAAUAAUGGACCUCAUCCUUCAAAGGAUUGCUUUUUUGUCUCAAUUAUGGAUUAUGAUUUUCUGGUUUUCCUAUUCUUUGCCACAAUCGUCUUUCCUGCACUUAUCAUGUUCUUUGCCUACCUUCGAAUCUAUUUUGUUGUGGUUCACACAUCAACCUUGUUUGAUAAAAAUUCAUCAAGAAAAUCGAGUAAUAAUUUAUUAAAUGGUUAUAACAAUAAUCACAAUCACAAGCAUUUCAGCUCUUAUAAUCAACAUCAUCACAGUCCACACAAUUGUCACCAUCAACAUGAAUAUCAUACAAAUUCAAUGAGUUCAACCAAGUCGGGCUCUUGUCGAUCUGAAAAUUGUUUAAUGAUGAUUGGUAAAUUGCCAAUCAAUUGUGAUUCAAUGGUUAAUAAUGGAUCGAUUGACCAUUAUGAUCAACGUAAAGUUACUUCUACUAGUUAUCAUAGACGAGAGGUUAAGAAGGCUCGCAAGUUGGCCAUUAUUGUCGUAUUUUUUAUGCUUUGUUGGAUCCCGUUGUACUUAAAUAAUACAUUAGAGGCUUUUUUCAACCUCCGUCAACCUGCUUGGCUGGUUGAUACUUUUAUUGUUUUAUCGCACCUUAACUCGGCUGUUAAUCCAAUCCUUUAUGCUUACCAUAUGAAGGAUUUUAGGGAAUCGAUGAAGUUACUUCUUUGCCGAUGUAUAUUUAAACCCACUGGGAUACGGGAUCAUCGAAGGUUAGAGUUGAUUACUGUCAGUGGGAAACAGGUUCAACAUGUUCAUCUUAAUCAACAGGUUAAACAGGCGACUACCGUUUAUCCGAGAUCUUCAUCUUCACCUCAUCUUCAUUCAGAUUCAAUUGAGAGACAUUUCAAUGAAAAUGCAUCUUGGGCUCAAUCAACAAACACAUCUAAUACAACGCCUGAUCAUGAAAUGGUUAACAGUUUAAAUAGAUAUUAAUUGUGGUUACCGAUUGCUUAAAUAAUUGUCAUUGUUUCAAUUACCAGUAAUUACCAUCACUACUCUGUACAUAAAUUUGUUUAUUUCUCAUUUCCUAUUCAACAUUAAAAACUGACUUAAUUUUGCUUUUCCA